AGAGCUGGACUUGGGCAGGAGGAACCCCCAAGGCAACGCACUCACUCCUUGUUUUCCCCCCCCAUCAGGAUUUCUGCUUCCCAAAGCUUGGGCGGAUGGAGGAGGAGGCCGCGAGGAAGAGGAAGAUGCCGCGGGCCCCCCAGGCAGGCCCCGAGGUGAGGCCGGAGAGCGCGGAGGACAAAUCCCGGCGGCAGAGCCUGGUGGGAGAGGCCGUUUUGAAGGGCUCCCCGGCGCAGGAAGGCAGCGGGGAGGAAAAGGGCCGGAGAUGCCCCGGCAGGAGGGGCUGCAAAGCCAGCCCAGGGGGCUGUGAGGAGGAAAGAGCCAGCGUGUGCCGGGAAGGCGGCCGGAGCUUGAGGCGGAGCUGCGAGCUGGUGGUCCCUGAGCAGCCUCCCAGCAGGGAAAAGCCCUUCAGGUGUUUGCAAUGUGGGAAGAGCUACAGCAGGAGCACCCACCUCCUGAGGCACCAGCACAUCCACAGUGGGGAACGGCCCUACACGUGUGGGGAAUAUGAUCCAUAG